AUGGCGUGUAUUGGAGACUUUGACCCAUUCACCGCUGCCAUUCCAGCCACCAAAGUUGAGCUCACGGUGUCCUGUAGGUGAGUAGAGGGGCACUUUAAGCAUUCCCUUCGCAUUGUUGUCAAUUGAGUAACGGAAUGCUUGCGGUAUAGGCUAAGAUUGUGGAGAACGGUGGAUAUGUUUGGUAAACUGCUAAAUAUAAAUUGUUUAGUCUGAAAUUAGUCAAGUUUUCAACACAUUUCCGUCAAGCAUUCUCGCACUAACGAUUCCUUAUUUUUUAGAUUUGGCCAGAAAACUGACAUCUAUUAGGCAAUAAACAUUUCAUUUAAUCUAUAUAUUUUUAUUGAAUUUAAUAUUACCAUUAUCAUGAUAGUCCAUUGCUUUACUGGCUGAUCAAUCACGGUUAGCCUACAUUUGAGGGAUGUUUAAAUCAAGUUUAUGACGGUGGAACGAUGUGUGUGCUAUUAGUGUUUCCUAACGUGACAGCUCGCGCUUACUUUUGUGCUCGGCUCCACUUAAUUAACUAAACAAACCACCGUCCAGAAAAUGCAUGCUGCUGCUGAGAGAUAAUUUAUGGAUGCUUUACCAUCUCUCCGGAGAGAUGUGACUAACAGUCAGUUACAACUCUAGUAGCAAACAGCAGCUGGCUGGCUCGGGAUCCUGAGUUGCGUAAGAGCCACGCGCCUCUGUCAGCCUGGGGUCUCCGCGGUGGUCCUUCUACCAGAGAGAGCUGAUGCUCCGGCGGCUGGUCGGUCUCACAGUCAGUCACAACACUCACAGUGGAAAUAAUUUAACACACACACACACAGAGAGAGACGUGGAUUCUCCCAGUGCGGAGUUGGUGCACACCUGAGAUUGUGGCGCUGAAGGUUGUCUGCUUCAAUGAUGCUCAGUCUCCGAUAACCGCUAUUACAGCUUGUUUGAUUAAGAGCCAGAUCGCAAUUUACUGGGAGGGAAUAGUCCAAAAUAGGGGAGGGUUGUCAAACUUUUAUUUUUCUUUGUGGAGGGUUGUGUGUCUUUUGUUGGGCACCGGGGAUGAUAGUGCGUUUUUUUUCCUGGUUAACAUUCGCUCUUUUGCAGGUUUAGGCUAUAUAAUUUAUUCCAUCCUAGCCAAAUUUCCUCAUCUGGUUGCAUGAGCCUCCCCUAUAUCAAGGUGUUUUGGUACUUAUCUUAUGCACUACGCUUUUCCAUGUGGUAACUUUUACUAUACCACAGGUCAGUAAAGUCUAGCUGUCUAUCCUGCCCUCUAUCCACCAUUCACAGUGACAAUAGUGGUAGGUGGAUCGUUUAGCCAGAUCUACAAUAGGCUAAAUAGGAAUCAUACUACAUAUAAAGGCAUUCAAAGCUGCAUCAAUUUUCAAUAUGAAUUGACAAGAACAAAUGGGAAUAAAUGAUAGGUAAUGGACAGGCCAGGUGCAUCAUUGGGUAUGAAAGAACAGUGAAGACAUGAAACACACAGCUCAGAAAGCUCCCCUAUUGAUCUUGUUUAGGGACAAUACAGUUAUCCUACCUAGACUAUAGAAUGAAUAAUUGCAUUAUUGUUUUCAAGUGAGUACAAAAUUAUACUCUAGGCUGCAGUGAAAAUGUAAUUUGAAUAACAGUGCAAAAGCCCUGUAAUUUGAAUGUUUCAUUCGAUUUGGAUCCAUUGUGGGUCUACUCUCGACAGUUAAUAAGGUCUAGAAAGGCACAGUAGCAGGCCAGUCUGUGUAUUUUACGUUCUGAUACUGAAUGCGCUGUCUGUUGCAGAUCAUCAUUCUCCCAAGUCGUCCUAUAAUAAUGUGGCCACAUAUGCUCUUGGCAGUCCCAGUUAUUCAGGGAAGCUUAAAAUGCUCUGCCUCCUCUCCAAUCCGUGCGGCUAUUCCUCACGCACCUAGAACCUAAUGCUUCAAUAUAGCCUAAAUAUUAAUCAUUUAACUUUUAAAAUGCAUUACCUUUCAUAUGUGGCAUAAACACAACCAGUCACAAUGUUUUAAUCUGAUUAGGCUACUUUAAAAGAAUCCUGUAGGCAUGCGCACGUUCAUCCAAAAUAUAAUUCCAGCAUCCUCAAAAUGGCUUGACAUUAACCAGGUUUCCAUCCAAACUUUUUAUGCAGUAAAGUAGCCUACCUGUCGGAUAAAAAACGUCACGACAUGGAGUUGCAUACAGUUUAUUAGACUACAGAUGAAAUAAAUGAUGAUGAACUUCACAGGGUGGUGAAAGUGCACAGUGAUGAGGUUGAUGCUCGUUUCAAUAAAUAUGGAGGGUCUUAUUCUGGUGACAUGAUGAUCGAUGCUUGGUUGCCAUUUGCAAAUAAAAAUAAUGUAUUUUGUCCAAAGUAAUCAGAUACAGUGCAGGCUAUACCUGUAUCUGCAAUCUGUUGGCUAGAGCGCAUGUGCCAAUACCAGAGUGGGCACAUUCGCUAUACCUAUGCAACAUUUUUUGUGAGAAAAACCGUCGGUAGGCAUAGAGUUGAAAAUGCAAUGGAAACCCAUUUAAAUUGUAUUUUUUAUUCGGUACAUAUGAAUUUAACCUCAAGUUAUUUUUAUGUGUGCUAUGUAUUACGCACAGACUCUGCAAUAAGUCAAUUUGAUGGAAACACAACUCUGAUGGGAAAAUGCACAAGGGUUUCCCUUAGCCGGUAGGCUAAUUGCAGCUUUUGGCCAAUAAAAAAAUUAAAAGCCAAUAAAUAAAAUUGUAGCAAGCCAAAUUGUCCAGGAGAGACUGGGUGUUUCUCAAUAUGCAUACCACUGUGCUCCACACUCUCAUGCUCCGAGUGCAUUCUCCGACCACGUUCUCUUGAGUACAUUCCUGUGAGGACGAGAGUGUGGAGAACGCAUAAAACAUUACAUUUGAGAAGCACUCACACUCCCCCUACUGUAUUACCUCACGCUUCACCCCAUUCACUGAACCUUCUUCCAGCCAGGACAAUUGCAACAAUAGACGAAACAAGAUAUACACAAAGCAAAAGUUUUACUUCAUAAUUAUCAGCUAGAUAUGUGAAUCGUAAAUAUCUAGCUAGCCAGCUAGUUAAACAGGCAAAAAUGACAUAAAACUAAUGUUAUGCAAAGUAGAUGUACAUUUUUAAUGGGUAGCUACCAAUUCUUCGUGGGUAGCUAGCUAGCCAGUCAGCCCUAUUGACUUACUAUGGACAUACCCAUUCACUGAACCAUCUUCCAGCCAGGACAACAAUGGCAAUAGAGAUUAAACAAGAUAUACACAAAGCAACUGUUUUACUUCAUAACUAUCCGCUAGCUAUAUGUGAAUCGUAAUAAUGUAGCUAACCAGAUAGUUUAACAGGCAAAAAUGACCUAGAUGUAAAUUAUUUGUGGGUAGCUAGCUAACAAUUAUUUGUGGCUAUCGGGCUAGAUAACAGUACAAAAAAAAAAAAAUGUAUGCACUCACUAACUGUAAGUCACUCUGGAUAAGAGCGUCUGCUAAAUGACUAAAAUGUAAAUGUAAAUGUAGUAGCUAUCCAGUUAGCCCUAUUGACUUAUUAUGGGCGUGCGAUCUACGGUACGUAGGCAGGUAAACACGCCAAAAUUAACACAGCAUGUAUUUAUCAAAGUAUCAAGAUGAAAUAUUGUAGUCAGGCACAGGGGUGCAACUUUGGUUUUAGAAGUGGGGGGGACAUAAUUAUAUAUAUUUUAUAAAUCCAGUCGGAUAAACACUCCAAACAGCCUACCCGACCGCUCGGAGGCGUCCGCAUGGUUCUAAAGCACACCGUUGCCUCGUUUUGAAUCACAUUCCAAUUAUAAAACUGAGGGGGACAAAAAUGAAAUUUCAGAAUGUGGGGGGGACAUGUCCCACCCCCCAUCCCCAGUGAAAGUUGCGCCCCUGGUCAGGCAACAUAUGAGGUGUGAAUAGGCAACGUUUCAUUCUGAAGUCGGUGUGUAUUUUCUCUGGCUUCAGCUCAAAUAAUGGUUUCAAGAUAUUUAUUUCCGUGGUUGCGUCAUAUUUCUUUGCAUACCUUCCGUUGAAGCUUGCAUCGAUGCAUGCUUCAAAAUAUGUACAAAUGGAAUACGCAUUCGAGAAGUGCCCUCCGUGCUCCUUUUCGCAUACUUUGAUUUGAACUCAUACUCUGACCCUCCCAUGCUCCAAUUUGCAUGCUCAGAGCACGGUAGAAUGCAUUUUGAGAAACACCCACUAUCUGUCACAGCCUACACCCCAAAUUCGCAUUUCAGCACCAUUCUCUUAUGCUUUGCAUGCACGUGAGCCUGCUGCUUUGCUUAGGAAAGAGCGAGCGAGAGAGGAGCCAUGGCCACUGUUGAUUGUGAAGAUGGAGGCUUUUUUCAUUGAAGUAAAACAAAAAAUAGAGGAAAAAUAGAAUGCCUAUAGUGAAAAGCCUACAAGGGGAAUUUUAAUGUUUUCAUAUUGUAGUGGAAGAUGAGAAGAACGUUGGCAUGGCCAAAUGCAGGCUACUGUGCAACUCCCUAUUCAAGUAGGAUGCAAUUUGGGAACAUACAUGUAUUUAUAAUCAUUUGUUUUAUUAUUGUGUAUUGCCUAUUAAAUGAAACCAGUUUGUUUAAUAUGCAAAACCUGUUUUGUUUAAUUCUGUUGAGACAUUUUCAUUGGCUAAAUUAUAUUCAAUCUGUCUUUUUAAUUGUGUGCUCCAUAUUUAGUUUAAGAUGGGUUAUAAGUUGUAAAAUAAGUAACAUUAGCCUAUUUCUGUCAUUUGUUGGGUAGGGUAGGCACUUACCUUUGUUGGUAAUUGCUGCAAUAUAGCCUGUUCAGAACAUUUGUGAGGGUUUAAACCAUAUUUCAUUCUGUUUUCUUUGGCCAAUUAUGUUCCAACUGUAAUGCUGUGUUUGCUGCAAUAUAAUAGCCUGCUCCUAUAGUCCCUAUAAACAAUUGCUUGAUUUACUUUUGAUAUUGUCCUAAUAAAGUUUAAAGCUUUUGUGAUGGUGUGGUGUGGCUAUUAUUAAGCUUUAGCUACUGCAGGCCUAUGAUAUGAAGGCAGUGCGCACCAGCUCUCCAACUGACUCCAACAGUUGAACUUGAGGUGAGGAAGGAUGUUUCAGGUCUACCAGUUACUCCUAUAAUCUAGCAAUAUAAUGCUUAUCUUUAUACAAAAUAUUAGGAUUAGAAAUUAACAAAUUAACCUCCUUCUGCAAGUCUGUCUGUAUAGCAGACGCAGUAGCCAUCUGCAUAGAGAUAUGCCGGCGACAUACAUUUCUUUCUCUCUCUAUCUCUCGGGAUAGGCCUAAGCUUCUCUUCCUUAUUUUUUUUAUAUACACAGUGCCUUCGGAAAGUAUUCAGACACCUUCACUUUUCCCACAUUUUGUUACAUUACAGCCUUAUUCUAAGAUUUAUUAAAUACAUAUACAGUACCAGUCAAAAGUUUGGACACCUACUCAUUCAAGGGUGUUUCUUUAUUUGUACUAUUUUUUACAUUGUAGAAUAAUAGCGAAGACAUCAAAACUAUGAAAUAACACAUAUGGAAUCAUGUAGUAACCAAAAAAGUGUUAAACAAAUCAAAAUAUAUUUUAUAUUUGAGAUUCUUCAAAUAACCACAGUUUGCCUUGAUAACAGCUUUGCGCACUCUUGGCAUUUUCUCAACCAGCUUCACCUGGAAUGCUUUUCCAACAGUCUUGUUAAGUUCCCACAUAUGAUGAGCACUUGUUGGCUGCUUUUCCUUCACUCUGCCGUCCAACUCAUCCCAAACCAUCUCAAUUGGGUUGAGGUCGGGGGAUCUGAUGCAGCACUUAAUCACUCUCCUUCAUGGUAUAAUAGCUCUUACACAGCCUGGAGGUGUGUUAGGUCAUUGUCCUGUUGAAAAACAAAUGAUAGUCCCACUAAGCCCAAACCAGAUGGGAUGGUGUAUCGCUGCAGAACGCUGCGGUAGCCAUGUUGGUUAAGUGUGCCUUGAAUUCUAAAUAAAUCACACAGUGUCACCAGCAAAGCAUCCCCACACCAUAACACCUCCUCCUCCAUGCUUUACGGUGGGAAAAACACAUGCAGAGAUCAUCUGUUCACCCACACCGCGUCUCACAAAGCCACGGCGGGCUAUCUUCUGUAUACCUUGUCACAACACAACUGAUUGGCUCAAACGCAUUAAGAAGGAAAUACAUUCCACAAAUUAACUUUUAAGAAGGCACACCUAUUAAUUGAAAUGCAUUCCAGGUGACUACCUCAUGAAUCUGGUUGAGAGAAUGCCAAGAGUGUGCAAAGCUGUCAUCAAGGCAAAGGGUGGCUAUUCUCAAAUAUGAAAUAGAUGUUUACAUUUUACAUUUACGUCAUUUAGCAGACGCUCUUAUCCAGAGCGACUUACAAAUUGGUAGAUGUUGAUUUGUUUAACACUUUUUUGGUUAUUACAUGAUUCCAUUUGUGUUAUUUCAUAGUUUUGAUGUCUUCACUAUUAUUCUACAAUGUAAAAAAAAAAAAAAAAACCUUGAAUGAGUAGGUGGGUCCAAACUUAUGACUGGUAGUGUAUAUACACACAUAUAUAUUUUUUAUAUUAUUAUCAUACAGUGGACACCUAAGCCUAAAGGCCUAUACAUGCAAUGGCCUGAUGCAUUUAGUGCUCAAAUCUCUGACAGCUGAACAGUGAGGUGGACAAUCAUUGUUUUAGGAAAGUAGCCUAAAAAACAAAACAAAUAGGCUGUAAAGCUUUGCAUAUGCUACACAUUGAAACACAAGGAAUAGUGUUUUUGUAAUUUGUUAUAGGCUCAUUUGGCCAAUAUCCCUCGUUUAUUGAUCGCGCUGGCUGCGCCAAGUCAGAUCUGAAUGCAUAUUGGAUGUCCGGUAAAUUUCUUCCAGGUCACGUUGUCGGGCGCCAAAUUUUCUUUGGCAAGUGCGCCAGUCGUGUGUUACUUUGAUUAUGCCUGCACAUCAUGGUUCACCAGCAGCCCCAAACAUCUAAAGAAUAAGAUAUAGAUUAGGGUUGAAUAUUUUCUGUGUAUUUUACAAAUGUUCCAUUCUGAGAAUAAUCACUUUUCUCCCCAAACCGUAAGUGUCAUUCUAAAGCAUACAGUAUGUCUGGAUUUGAUUAGAGCUUUGAUCAGCAUGAAAAUUAAAGUCUGAUGCUACCUGAGCCUGAUGAGCCAUACAUCAAAUACAUGUUAUAAUCCUUACAUUAAAUACAUUUUAUGAGCCCAAGCCCAAAAAAGGCCAAAUUAUCAUUAUCUUCUUAUUUUAUUUAUUUUUUACCAAUACAUAAACUAUGAGAGGCUACCACACAUUACCCACGACAGAAAAACAUAAAAGCCCAUAGAUGUAGCUAUGCUCUCCUGGGUAAGUAAAUGAAAAAAGCUCCAGUAAGCUAAUCUUUUUGCGUGUGGACUCUAUUACUGUAUUGUACUGUAUGCGUUCUUUUAUCUGUUUUUUGAAACUGGUUUUAUUGCUAACUUGAGUUACCUGGGGUGGCAAAGUUCGAUGUAGUCAUAGCUCUAUUUAAUACUGUGCGUUUCCCAGCCUCUGUUCUGGAUGUGGGGACUGUGAAGAAACCUCUGGUUGCAUGUCUUGGGUUGUACUGAUGAGUGUCCGAACUGUGUGCCAACUGCUUGAACAGACAGUUCGGUACCUUCAACACACCAAUACUUCGCACAAAGACCAAUAGGGAUGCAGUCAAUCUCGCCUCAACUUUGAGCCAUGAGAGACUGACAUGCAUGUUACUGACUCUUUCCCUCCAUGUACAUCUAAGUGUAAUACAUGCUGCUUUGUUCUGGACCAACUGCAAUUUACCUAUGUCCUUCUUUGCUGCACAUGACCACACAGCUGGCCAGUAGUCCAGGUGCGACAAAACUAGGGCCUGUAGGACCUGUCUGGUCGACUGAGAUGUCAAGAAGCAAGACCCUGUCAUGGACAGACCUCUUCCUAUUUUAGCAACCAUUGAGUCUAUGUUUUGACCAUGACAGCUUGCUAUCUAGGGUUACACCCAGAAGUUUAGUCUCCUCAACUUGCUCAAUAGCCACAUUAUUCAAUAAUGGAUCUAAACGAGGUUUAGAAUUAAGCGAGCGAUUUGUCCCAAAAAUUAUGCUUUUAGUUUUUGAGAUAUUUAGCAACAGCCUAUUGCUAAUUACCCAUUCUAAAACUAACUGGAUCUCUAUGUUAAGUGUCUCAAAAAGUAUUUGAUCCCCUGCUGAUUUUGUACGUUUGCCCACUGACAAAGACAUGAUCAGUCUAUAAUUUUAAUGGUAGGUUUAUUUGAACAGUGAGAGAUAGAAUAACAACAACAAAAUCCAGAAAAACUCAUGUCAAAAAUGUUAUAAAUUGAUUUGCAUUUUAAUGAGGGAAAUAAGUAUUUGACCCCUCUGCAAAACAUGACUUAGUACUUGGUGGCAAAACCCUUGUUGGCAAUCACAGAGGUCAGACAUUUCUUGUAGUUGGCCACCAGGUUUGCACACAUCUCAGGAGGGAUUUUGUUCCACUCCUCUUUGCAGAUCUUCUCCAAGUCAUUAAAGGUUUUGAGGCUGACGUUUGGCAGCUCGAACCUGCAGCUCCCUCCACAGAUUUCUGUAGGAUUAAGGUCUGGAGACUGGCUAGGCCACUCCAGGACCUUAAUGUGCUUCUUCUCGAGCCACUUCUUUGUUGCCUUGGCCGUGUGUUUUGGGUCAUUGUCAUGCUGGAAUAGCCAUCCACGACCCAUUUUCAAUGCCCUGGCUGAGGGAAGGAGGUUCUCACCCAAGAUUUUACAGUACAUGGCCCCGUCCAUCGUCCCUUUGAUGCAGUGAAGUUGUCCUGUCCCCUUAGCAGAAAAACACCCCCAAAGUAUAAUGUUUCCACCUCCAUGUUUGACGGUGGGGAUGGCAUUCGUCCUCCUCCAAACACGGCGAGUUGAGUUGAUGCCAAAGAGCUCGAUUUUGGUCUCAUCUGACCACAACACUUUCACCCAGUUCUCCUCUGAAUCAUUCAGAUGUUCAUUGGCAAACUUCAGACGGGUCUGUAUAUGUGCUUUCUUGAGUAGGGGGACCUUGCGGGCGCUGCAGGAUUUCAGUCCUUCACGGCGUAGUGUGUUACCAAUUGUUUUCUUGGUGACUAUGGUCCCAGCUGCCUUGAGAUCAUUGACAAGAUCCUCCCGUGUAGUUCUCGGCUGAUUCCUCACCGUUCUCAUGAUCAUUGCAACUCCACGAGGUAAGAUCUUGCAUGGAGCCCCAGGCCGAGGGAGAUUGACAGUUAUUUUGUGUUUCUUCCAUUUGCGAAUAAUCGCACCAACUGUUGUCACCUGCUCCCCAAGCUGCUUGGCGAUGGUCUUGUAGCCCAUUCCAGCCUUGUGUAGGUCUACAAUCUUUUCCCUGACAUCCUUGGAGAGCUCUUUGGUCUUGGCCAUGGUGGAGAGUUUGGAAUCUGAUUGAUUGCUUCUGUGGACAGGUGUCUUUUAUACAGGUAACAAACUGAGAAUAGGAGCUCCUAAUUACAUUACAUUUUAGUCAUUUAGCAGACGCUCUUAUCCAGAGCGACUUACAGUUAGUGCAUACAUUAUUUUAUAUUUAUCAUACUGGCCCUCCGUGGGAAUCGAACCCACAACCCUGGCGUUGCAAACGCCAUGCUCUACCAACUGAGCUACAUCCCUGCCGGCCAUUCCCUCCCUUACCCUGGACGACGCUGGGCCAAUUUUGCGCCGCCCCAUGGGUCUCCCGGUCGCGGCCGGCUACGACAGAGCCUGGAUUCGAACCAGGAUCUCUAGUGGCACAGCUAGCCUUAGACCACUGCGCCACUUUGGAGUCCAAUCUCAGCUCGUUACCUGUAUAAAAGACACCUGAGAGCCAGAAAUCUUUCUGAUUGAGAGGGGGUAAAAUACUUAUUUCCCUGAUUAAAAUGCAAAUCCAUUUAUAACAUGUGUUUUUCUGGAUUUUUUUGUUGUUAUUCUGUCCCUCACUGUUCAAAUAAACCUACCAUUACAAUUAUAGACUAAUCAUUUCUUUGUCAGUGGGCAAACGUACAAAAUCAGCAGGGGAUCAAAUACUUUUUUCCCUCACUGUACUUAGAAAGAGGGGCGCUGUUUCGCUCGCUCGGAUGCUUUAACUGAGAUUGAUAUGUCUUGCUGUUGGCUCGUGUCUCGUCAAAUAAAUGACCAAUAUUUCAAUAUUUUAUUUGGACGGGCAAGGAGGUACGGUAGGGCGGGCCAGGCCCCCAAGGCCCGCCCAUAAUGCCGGCCAUGGCCUAAACUUAAUGUUUUAACCCUAUCCUAAACCUUAACCCUUAUCUUAACCAUUCGGAAUGAGUGCCUAAACUUAACCCUUAACUUGGACAUUUGAGAAAUGGUUCGAUAUAGAGCAGCAGGGUGUCAAAAACACUGACGUUUGGAGCAGCUUCAAAAUUGUACAUUUGGAGAAACAUGGAGAAACUUCUAAUUCUGCAGCGAGACUGUGAGAGCUUGGUGUACAGUGCCUUCAGAAAGUAUUUAUACCCCUUGACUUAUUCCACAUAUUGUUGUGUUACAGCCUGAAUUAAAAAUGGAUUACAUCUUUUUUUUAGAUCUCACCCAUCUACACAAUACCCCAUAAUGACAAUGAAAACAUGUUUUUAGACAUUUUUUUCAAAUUUAUUGAGAAUGAAAUACAGAUAUCUAAUUUACUUAAGUAUUCAUGUUAAUACAUGUUAGAUUCACCUUUGGUGGUGAUUACAGCUGUGAGACUUUCUGGGUAAGUCUCUAAGAGCUGUGCACACCUGGAUUGUACAAUAUUUGCACAUUAUUAUUAAAAAAAUUCUUCAAGGUCUGUCAAUUUGGUUAUUGAUAACUGCUAGGCAACCAUUUUGAAGCCUUGCCAUAUAUUUUCAAGCAGAUUUAGGUCAAAAUUGUAACACAGCUACACAGGAACAUUCACUGUCUUCUUGGUAAGCAAUUUGUGUAAAUUUGGCCUGUGUUUUAGAUUAUUGUCCUUCUGAAAGGUGAAUUAAUCUCCCAGUGUCUGGUGAAAAGCAGACUGAACCAGGUUUUCCUCAAGGAUUUUGCCUGUGCUUAGCUCCAUUCCAUUUCUUUGCCUUGUUGCAAACAGGAUGCACGUUUUUGAAUAUUUGUAUUCCGUACAGGCUUCCUUCUUUUCACUCUGUCAAUUCGGUUAGUAUUGUGGAGUAAUUACAAUGUUGUUGAUCCAUCUUCAGUUUUCUCCUAUCACAUCCAUUAAAGUCUGUAGCUGUUUUAGUCCGGAUGCUGGAAAUACGUAUUUUCCGGAUGUUGAAAUCAGGCUCAUUUUUGGUUCUGAAUGAAAGUUAAAAAAUAAGUAAUUUAUAGACGUCUAUGUUUGGGCCAAAUCAAGGCUGGUCCAGACCAGAUAAAAUCUGAACCAGACAUAGACGUACAUGAUUGGUUCAGAUUAGGUCCGGACCGGACCAAAAACUAAUAUCCGUGGAUGUGGAAAUCAAGGCCGGUCCAGACUGCACCAAAAAAAUAUGUCCAAAAGGCGUCAGCCCGUGCUUACUGAGGUGUAGCCUACAGUGUUGCCUGAAAUUGAAUUUUAUGAAUGCCCAACUAUGUGGUAAGCCUACCGUUUGUAAAACACCAAAAAAAGAUAUCUGAAAGACGUCAGCUCGUGCUUACUGGGGUGUAGCCUACCAAUGGUCCUCUGUAGCUCAGCUGGUAGAGCACGGCGCUUGUAACGCCAAGGUAGUGGGUUCGAUCCCCGGGACCACCCAUACACAAAAAAUGUAUGCACGCGUGACUGUAAGUCGCUUUGGAUAAAAGCGUCUGCUAAAUGGCAUAUUAAUGUCGGCCCCCAAUGGAAUUUUAUGAAUGUCCCUCCAUGUUGUAGGCCCACCGUUCGUAAAACAGGUCGUCGCAUUGGCUUUAUUAGUCCUGAUUCCUGUGACUAAUCAAUUUGCCUAUUUAAGCUCUGAAUAUCAGCUACCCAACUUUGUCAUGAAUUACCUGAUGCCAGAGAAACUCAUCAUAACAGGCUAUUACUUCUAAAAUGCCCAUAUGCCACUGGUUGAGAGAAAUUGUCAUUGUUUUUGGGCAGAAAAAUGUGAGGUUUUAUGUGUUGUUGGAGGUGCGUCUUGGUCAGUUUAGCUCAGAAAAUGCCGCCCUCGUCAAUCUGCUGCCAUAGGCGGCUGCCUAAUGAGCGGGCCGGCCGUGGGUGCCCUCAUUUGCGAGGCAUUGGAAAACAUCCCUGGUCUUUGUGGUUAAAUCUGUGUUUGAAAUUCACUGCUCGACUGCGGGACCUUACAUAUAAUUGUAUGUGUGGGAUACAGAGAUGAGGUAGUCAUUCAAAAAUCAUGUUAAAUACUAUUAUUGCACACAGAGUGAGUCCUUGCAACUUAUUAUGUGACUUGUUAUGCAAAUUUCUACUCCUGAAUUUAUUUAAGCUUGCCAUAACAAAGGGGUUGAAUACUUAUUGACUCAAGACAUUUCAGCUUUUUAUUUUCAAAUAAUUUGUAAAAAUGUAGAAAAACAUCAUUCCACUUUGACAUUAUGGGGUAUUGUGUGUAAGCCAGUGAUGACAACAUCUCAAUUUUAUUUAAUUUUAAAUUCAGGUUGUAACACAACAAAAUGUGAGAAAAGUCAAGACGUGUGAAUACUUUCUGAAGGCACUGUAUGUGCUCAAGAGGCUUGGGGCUUCAGGGUCUUUCAGAUGAAAAGAGCUUUGAUUCUUUCUUAAGAAAGUUUUCAUAAGAAGUGGCACAGGCCAGCUCAGAUUUAUCCACUUGUACACUGAAAAGAAAAUUGCCACCCAGUGUUCUCACUAUCGCCCUCUAUCUUUGAUAAACACAAAUAUUAAACUGUUUUCCAAAAGGUUGUUGUCCCGUCUCGAGACUUACCUUAAGUAUAUUUGUUAAAAAACGUUUAUCCUAGGAUAACCUCCAUCGACUAUUACGUAUCUUAAAUGCUUCAUCAGAAACAACAGCUCUUUGGGCUGUUUUAUCUCUUAAUGCAGAAAAAGCUUUUGCUAGACUAGGAUGGUCUGUCUUGGAACAUAUUGGAAUUGGCUCUAAUUUCAUUAAUAUGAUUAAAAUACUAUAUGCCAAUCCCUCAGCCAUAGUUAUAACAGGCAAUAUCUGCUCUGCUCCAUUCAGAAUAGGGUUUAAUAUUUUCCUGGUAUUUUACAAAUGUUCCAUCCCGAGAAUAAAUCACUUUUCUCCCGGGUAACUGGGUAUUUUCCACCAAAACCGCAAGUUUCAUUCAAAAGUGUGUGUAUAUAUAUAUAUAUAUACACAGUGGGGAGAAUAGAGUAUUUGAUACACUGCCGAUUUUGCAGGUUUUCCUACUUACAAAGCAUGUGGAGGUCUGUAAUUUCUAUCAUAGGUACACUUCAACUGUGAGAGACCGAAUCCAGAAAAUCACAUUGUAUAAUUUUUAAGUAAUUAAUUUACAUUUUAUUGCAUGACAUAAGUAUUUGAUACAUCAGAAAAGCAGAACUUAAUAUUUGGUACAGAAACCUUUGUUUGCAAUUACAGAGAUCAUACGUUUCCUGUAGGUCUUGACCAGGUUUGCACACACUGCAGCAGGGAUUUUGGCCCACUCCUCCAUACAGACCUUCUCCAGAUCCUUCAGGUUUCGGGGCUGUCGCUGGGCAAUACGGACUUUCAGCUCCCUCCAAAGAUGUUCUAUUGGGUUCAGGUCUGGAGACUGGCUAGGCCACUCCAGGACCUUGAGAUGCUUCUUACGGAGCCCCUCCUUAGUUGCCCUGGCUAUGUGUUUCGGGUCAUUGUCAUGCUGGAAGACCCAGCCACGACCCAUCUUCAAUGCUCUUACUGAGGGAAGGAGGUUGUUGGCCAAGAUCUCGCGAUACAUGGCCCCAUCCAUCCUCCCCUCAAUAUGGUGCAGUCGUCCUGUCCCCUUUGCAGAAAAGCAUCCCCAAAGAAUGAUUUUUCCACCUCCAUGCUUUACGGUUGGGAUGGUGUUCUUGGGGUUGUACUCAUCCUUCUUCUUCCUCCAUACACGGCAAGUGGAGUUUAGACCAAAAAGCUCAAUUUUUGUCUCAUCAGACCACAUGACCUUCUCCCAUUCCUCUUCUGGAUCAUCCAGAUGGUCAUUGGCAAACUUCAGAUGGGCCUGGACAUGCGCUGGCUUGAGCAGGGGGACCUUGCGUGCGCUGCAGGAUUUUAAUCCAUGAUGGCGUAGUAUGUUACUAAUGGUUUUCUUUGAGACUGUGGUCCCAGCUCUCUUCAGGUCAUUGAUCAGGUCCUGCCGUGUAGUUCUGGGCUGAUCCCUCACCUUCUAAUUGCGCCAACAGUUGUUGCCUUCUCACCAAGCUGCUUGCCUAUUGUCAUGUAGCCCAUCCCAGCCUUGUGCAGGUCUACAAUUUUAUCCCUGAUGUCCUUACACAGCUCUCUGAUCUUGGCUAUUGUGGAGAGGUUGGAGUCUGUUUGAUUGAGUGUGUGGACAGGUGUCUUUUAUACAGGUAACGAGUUCAAACAGGUGCAGUUAAUACAGGUAAUGAGUGGAGAACAGGAGGGCUUCUUAAAGAAAAACGAACAGGUCUGUGAGAGCCGGAAUUCUUACUGGUUGGUAGGUGAUCAAAUACUUAUGUCAUGCAAUAAAAUGCAAUUUAAUUACUUAAACAUUUUGUUUUAGAUUCCGUCUCUCACAGUUGAAGUGUACCUAUGAUAAAAAUUACAGACCACUACAUGCUUUGUAAGUAGGAAAACCUUCAAAAUCGGCAGUGUAUCAAAUACUUGUUCUCCCCACUGUAUAUAUAGAGUACCAGUCAAAAGUUUGGACACUUCAUUCAAGGGUUUUUCUUUAUUUUUACUAUUUUCUACCUUAUAGAAAAGUAGUGAAGACAUCAAAACUAUAAAAUAACACAUGGAAUCAUGUAGUAACCAAAAAAGUUUUAAAAUCAAAACAUAUUUUUGUCUCCUUUGCCUUGACAGCUUUGCACACUCUUGGCAUUCUCUCAACCAGCUUCACAUGGAAUGCUUUACAGUUUUGAAGGAGUUCCCACAUAUGCUGAGCACUUGUUGGCUGCUUUCCCUUCACUCUGCGGUCCGACUCAUCCCAAACCAUCUCAAUUGGGUUGAGUUUGGGGGAUUGUGGAGGCCAGGUCAUCUGAUUGCAGCACUCCAUCACUCUCCUUCUUGGUAAAAUUGCCCUUACACAGCCUGGAGGUGUGUUGGGUCAUUGUCCUGUUGAAAAACAAAUUAUUGUCCCACUAAGCCCUAACCAGAUGGGAUGGCGUAUCGCUGCAGAAUGCUGUGGUAGCCAUGCUGGUUAAGUGUGCCUUGAAUUCUAAAGAAAUCACAGACAGUGUCACCAGCAAAGCACCAUCACACCUCCUCCACCUUGCUUCACGGUGGGAACCAUACAUUCAGAGAUCAUCCGUUCACCUACUCUGCGUCUCACAAAGACACGGCGGUUGGGACCAAAAAUAUCAAAUUUGGACUAAUCAGACCAAAGGACAGAUUUCCACCAGUCUAAUGUCCAUUGCUCGUGUUUCUUGGCCCAAGCAAGUCUCUUCUUCUUAUUGGUGUCCUUUAGUAGUGGUUUCUUUGCAGCAAUUCAACCAUGAUGGCCUGAUUCACAGUCUCCUCUGAACAGUUGAUGUUGAGAUGUGUCUGUUUCUUGAACUCUGUGAAGCAUUUAUUUGGGCUGCAAUCUGAGGUGCAGUUAUUCUAAUGAAUUUAUCCUCUGCAGCAGAGGUAAUUCUGGGUCUUUCUUUCCUGUGACGGUCCUCAUGAGAGCCAGUUUCAUCAUAGCGCUUGAUGUUUUUUGCGACUGCACUUGAAGAAACUUUAAACGUUUUUGAAAUGUACUGUAUUGACUGACCUUCAUGUCUUAAAGUAAUGAUGGACUGUCGUUUCUCUUUGCUUAUUUGAGCUGUUCUUGCCAUAAUAUGGACUUGGUCUUUUACCAAAUAGGGCUAUCUUCUGUAUACCACCCCUACCUUGUCACAACACAACUGAUUGUCUCAAACGCAUUAAGAAGGAAAUAAAUUCCACAAAUGAACUUUUAAGAAGGCACACCUGUUAAUUGAAAUCCAUUCCAGGUGACUACCUCAUAACGCUGGUUGAGUGAAUGUCAAGAGUGUGCAAAGCUGUCAUCAAGGCAAAGGGUGGCUACUUUGAAGAAUCUCAAAUAUAAAAUAUAUUUGGACUUGUUUAACACUUUUUUGGUUACUACAUGAUUCCAUAUGUGUUGUGUCAUAGUUUUGAUGUCUUCGCUAUUGUUCUACAAUGUAGAAAAUAGUAAAAAUAAAGAAAAACCCUUUAAUGAGUAGGUGUGUCCUAACUUUUGACUGGUAUAAACGCAUCAUGUAAAGUGUUGGUUUCAUGAGCUGAAAUAAAAGAUCCCAUAAAUGUUCCAUACACAGAAAAAACUUAUUUUUCUCCAAUUUUGUGCACAAAUUUGCCAAGAUAAUUCAUCCACCUGACAGGUGUGGCAUAUACAGAAGCUGAGUAAACAGCAUUAUCAUUACACACGUGCACCUUGUGCUGGGGACAAUAAAAGGCCAAUCUAAAAUAUGUAGUUUUGUCACACAACACAAUGCCACAGAUGUCUAAAGUUUUGAGGGAGCGUGCAAUUGUCAUGCCUACUGCAGGAAUGUCCACCAGAGCUGUUGCCAGAGAAUUGAAUGUUCAUUUCUCAACCAUAAGCCACCUCCUACGGCAUUUUCAAGAAUUUGGCAGUACGUCCACGUGUAUGGCAUUGUUUGGGUGAGUGCCCCAUGGUGGUGGUGGGGUUAUGGUAUGGGCAAGCAUAAGCUAUGGACAAUGAACACAAUUGCAUUUUAUCGUUGGUAAUUUAAAUGCACAGAGAUACCGUGACAAGAUCCUGAUGCCCAUUGUCGUGCCAUUCAUCCGCCACGAUCACCUCAUGUUUCAGCAUAACAAUGCACUACCACAUGUCGCUAGGAACUGUACACAAUUCCUGGAAGCUGAAAAUGUCCCAGUUCUUCCAUGGCCUGCACCAGACAUGUCACCCAUUGAGCAUAUUUGGGAUGCUCUGGAUCGACGUGUACGACAGCGGGUUCCUUUUCCCGCCAAUAUCCAGCCCAUACCUUUUUUUAAGGUAUCUGUGACCAACAGAUACGCAUCUGUAUUCUCAAUUAUGUGGAAUCCAUAGAUUAGGGCCUAAUGAAUGUAUUUCAAUUGACUGGUUUCCUUAUGUGAACUGUAACUCAGUAAAAUCUUUGAAAUUGUUGCAUGUGCGUUUACAUUUUUGUACUAUUUUGAGUGCAAUUUGAAUGGAAUUGAUGAGAGAUGAAGACUGCUCACGCAUGCUCUGGUUUAAAGCAAAGAUAUUUGAGUGAUAGGCUGUUUCAAAACUCUGCAGCUGCAAUAAAUAAAUAAAAUCUUUACAAUAAAAAAUUAAGGUGACCCCUGAAAGCCAAAUGGAGAUGUGUAAAUUAGAUCCUUAUGUUCGGUCCUUAUGUUACUGUAGCAUAGGCUUUUCUGCAGCAAAUGUAGGCCUACAUUGAUGAGAUGAUAGGUCUACAUGCAUUGUGAACUGCACUCCAUACUGACAUGGGCUGUCUGUCCCCACAAUGAGCAUUGAUGAUUGAUCAUGCAGAUAGCAGAGAGAAGGCCAUAGAGAAGCCAUAUUUAGACAUCACACAUCAUUUCAGUUUCAUUUCACAACAUGCACCGGUUUCUCGCAGUUAUUUAUCCCGGGAAAAGGGAGUCGUUUUGGGCGGUAAAUCUCGGUAACCGGGUUCCCGCCAUUCAUUCCUAGUUCAGAAUCACUAGAAGCAGCAGACAAGGCGAUCUGAGUUCUACUUUGCUAUUUUUGUUAUCCAUGGAACCCCUGGCCCAGGCAAUUGGUCAAUCGAAGGAAAUAACACACAUUUCCCUCAUCUACUGAUAAUUUCAUCUAAUUUAUAUGUAGACAAUAUUUUACUAUAUCUUGACAAUGUAUCUCAACCGCUCCCAAACGCAUUGAAGAUCAUAGAUAAAUUCAGCUUCAUCUGAAGUUAUAAAAUGUAUCUAAUCAAAUCAGCAUUACUGCCUCUCAAGACCCUGAUGGAGGACUCCAUCUCUACACAUGGAAUCGCAAUUGUAGAUACAGUAUAUUUCCUUCCUUAGAUAAAACUAUUGCCAGAAACUUUAACAGAACGCUCAAAUCAAUUCAAUCCAACCUCAGUAGAUGCACUAACUACCCAGUUGAUUUAACCGGCAGAAUAUCUAUUUUCAAAAUAAAUAUAUUGCCACGGCUGAAUUUCUGUAGUUUAACGCUUCCUAUGUCUCCCACUUCUGGCUAUUGGGAUAAAAUCCAAACUUACAAAGAGGAAAAGACAUAGGACUAUCUGUACCAAUCUUCAAAUUGUAUAUAUAUUUUUGUUUAUUUUCCUUUAACCCUCCUCCAUCCCCAGUGGAAAUAAAAAAUGAAUAGAUUGGUCACGAAGAGAAAAAAAAACUAAGAUAAAUAAUAUUGUAUUUUAUGCUUAAUUAAUUUGAAGAUAUUGAAUUUGGACAUCAGUGUCCCUUCAAAAAUGAGGUGCAUGUGGCACUCUGUAAGAUAUUUUUAUUUUGAACGUUUCCAUUAGAGAAGCCUAGAUAGAGAAGCUGUCAUCUGCCUGGUCUGAUCUGCGGGAGGGAGAUGUAUUAUGUGAGACCUUUGGGCAGACAUGAUGUCACGAUCGUCGACAGAUGAAGCGGACCAAGGCGCAGCGUGAUAAGCGUACAUUCUUUAUUAGUACACACGAACCAAAACAAUAAACCAAACGAUACGUGAAGUCCUAGGUUAUACACAAAACCAUACGGAACAAGAUCCCACAAUAAACUUGUGAAAACAGGCUGCCUAAGUAUUGUCCCCAAUCAGAGACAACGAGCUACAGCUGCCUCUGAUUGGGAACCACCCUGGCCAACAUAGAUCUAAAUGAUCUAGAACGAAAACAUAGAAAAUGUAACAGAAAUUCCACACCCUGGCUCAACAUUUAAGAGUCCCCCGAGCCAGGGCGUGACACAUGAGGCAGAAAGGUUAUGAAAGGCUGUGAUGUGGCUGUAUUGUGAUGGGACACCAACCUGGAGGCAGUUUGAAUAGAGUCACUGUCUCCUAUCAAUAUAUGCAAACUGUGAAUUACCGUAAUUUUCGGACUAUAAGCCGCGCCUUUUUCCCCAUUUUUCGACCCUGCGGCUUAUAUAACGGUGCGGCUAAUCUAUGGAUUUUUACAGCUAACGGCCACUAGAAGACCUCCUAAAUCUAUGGAUUUGACAGGUUACAGUCCACCAACUUUAACUCUAUGGGCUCUAUGACCGGUCCGCGCCCCCCACCUUUAAGCGGCGGGCUCCAGCAGGAAAAGCUGGAGGCCAGAAAAGAGUGAGACAGGUAGCGCGCAAAAGUAAAAGUGGAACCGAGAGUGGUACGCGAGACAGAACGAGAGACAGAACGAGAGCAAGACAGACAGACAUUACGAGAGUGAGACAGUUUGAAGUUUGAAAGUUGAAAAGUUUGUGUGUCUGAAACGCUAUGUGAUACAGUACAGUUUACACAGCACAGUAUAUGUUCUGUAGCUACUAUUGCACUAAAUGGUAACACUUGAAUACGUUAUGCAAAUAUGCAACUUGUUUGUUGAAAUGUUAAUAAAUGGGAGCUUCCUCAAGCAGCCAUCUCUUUCCCGACAAUCCCCUCUGUGCACGAACCCUUACAUAUGGUAAUUAAACAUUAAAACACCUGCGGCUUAUAGUCCAGUGCGGCUUAUAGUGCGGAAAAUACGGUAAACUCUGUACAGAAUUAGGCUACAGAUUAAAAACAGCACUGUUCCACAGUGGUUAUUUUGAUAGUUGGUUCAGGUUUAGAUCCAGAAAGGAAACAAUCUGUUUUUGUAGUUUUUCACUGGCUCAGCAAAAAUCAAGUUGCUUCAGGGUAGACUGCCAGCAAGAGUCUUGAGAAUAGGCCUACUAAGGUUUUAAUUGCUGAAAGUGGUGUGGUUCACCCUCUACCUGUGAGCGAUUUGGAAAUAUAUAUUUACUCUUGGGGGUGCUGGAUGUCUCUUGGGGGUGCUCAACAUCAAUAUCUUUGACAAUUGUGAGAGCCCACAUUGAUAUUUCAAUUAUUAUGGAAGGGAUUUGUCAUCGGGGUGCCCAGCACCCCUAGUCCUGUUGUAAUUACAAACCUGCCUGUGAGCUAAUAGAGCUGUAACAAAUCAUUAACAACACUGCAGGACAUAAUAUAGUGGCCACAGGAGGUUAAAUGGUACAAGACCCAGAGCAUAGAGGCUCCAGUGGCCUAAAUGGUACAAGACCCAGAGCAUAGAGGCUCCAGUGGCCUAAAUGGUACAAGACCCAGAGCAUAGAGGCUCCAGUGGCCUAAAUGGUACAAGACCUGGACAGACGCAGAGAAAGACUGUGCAGCCUUCAGGUCAGGUGGCCCAGGCCGAGCCCCACAGGGUGGGUUAAAGUGGUUUCCAGGGUAUCGCCUUCAGGUGUUCCAGGCCAAGCUCCACAGGUUGGUUUCCAGGGUAACAGUGAAGUGGCAGGACUGUAAGGUUGUUUGAGUGGAAAGAGCCCCAGCCCCAGGGGGGUCAUGCUGAGUGACUACGUUAAUGAGCUUUUCAGAAGAGCCAUUUGGUCUCAUUAAGGCCACGCCAGCUCCUCCGUGACUUUAACUAGUUACUUGAUAGAGAGGACGGCGGGCACCUCCAUCACUUUCACAUAUUGUUCGCCGGUUAUUUCUCUCUCUGUUUCUGUCUGUCUUUCUCGACUCGCUCCCCCAUUACAAAAUUGUUUCCAGAAAACUCCCUUGAGCAGUGUCCUAUAAUUCUUGUUUGUCGGGAUUCUUAUGAGAAUCAUUCAGAAGUUAGUUAGAAUGUGGAACACGUUUUUUUAAAUUAGUUAUUAAUAGCUUUCAUUUUCAUUUUCAAAAACACUGUUGGUGAAACUUCAGCGAUGUCUGUCUGUCUUCUCCACAUUUCUCUCUUUCAAAGGUCCAUUGAUUUACACUGCAUCUAUUUUAGACCCACACCAUUGACCUCAUUGAUCACAACCGAAUGCUGCCUUCCCCAGAGACUUGGUCUAGAGUUGUCAGACAGUGUUUAUUUCACUAAUAACACUGACUCUUUCUAAACUAGAGACUGCCAUUCUACUUUAUAUUUAUAUUAUCAGCAUGUUUAUUAUAAUACUUAUCAGCAUGUCUUAUUUUGCUAUUAUCCCCAAUUUUACGAGUGCCUUUCACUCGUGUACUAUGCUAUUUACAACGAUUGCCUUCACUUAACGCCUUACAUUAUCACGCGUGAAAUUGAAUGAAAAUGCAUUAACUAUUUGUUUGCUUUGCAUGGUGUGCUGUGAUUCUACAGAUUGGCAUGGACUAUUGACUAUAAAACCGCUUUUGCCAAUCCCUAUCACCUCCUCCCUCCCUGAGCAAAUUACCAAACACGCCCCCGAACCAGACAUGAAAGGAAAUGGAGAAUUACAUUCAACGCGCCGUUUGACCGGGAACCUCUUGGCGGACGGACGUCUGACUUCUUGCUGCUGUGCUAGUUUUGCCCUGUACACAUAUUGCUAGUGUUACUUAUAGUCCUAACUCCUAGCCUCCCUAUACGUUUCUAACUGGGGGCUUAGUGGUUUUAAAGCGAACCAUUCAAACAAAUUAUUUUUACGCUAUUGUCACCUUUUUGUAAACGUUGAAUUUAAUAAAGAACCUUUGACUGUGCUUUGGCCUGUCUCUGUAGUUGUUUGCCGUGGGUUCUUAGAACUCUGCUUUUUACAUUUACAUUGUCUUUACAGUACAGUAUGGGUGUGUAAGAAGAAUCCUCCCCUCUGGCAAUUGUCAAUAUAGCAUAGGCCUAACGCCAUUACAUGUGUCUUUGCAGGAUGAAUAAUAGACAGUUCUGUCUGAUGUUACUCAUUCAUUUAUACUUCUAUAAUGGAGAGACAUUGAAUGGAGAUGAGGAGAGAGAUUUGAGAAAGAUUUUAAAGAAUGAAAGAUUAGUGGGAAUUGUGCAGUUUUGUCAAUGCAGCAGUUUGGCAAUGUUGAAUGAAAGUUCUUAUUCAUUGUUCAGUGAUUCUCAUUAAUGUUAAUGUGCUGUGUGUCCUUCACCUGCGUAGGCAGCAGAAGCAGCUUCUCUGAGUCUGUGGAUUUUCCCCUCUGCCUCUGUCUGAUUCUCUAAAGGUCUAAUGAUCAGACAUUGGCGUUUCAUCAAUAGCCUUGGCUGGUGACAGGUCGUGGUAUCAUAAUCCUUUUGAAUAAUGAGUAGGCUUCUUUGGGAGACCGAUUGAUAUCCCCAACAACCUUGGCCCCUCUGUCAAAGAGAGCUCUCAUACUGUACUCCUCUUGGGCUUGCUUGCCCUUUUUUUCCCCUCUCAACCUCCAAAGUCAAGAAUAUUUAAUGUACCCCUUUUUGGAUACUGUAUGUUCCUGCAAGUCUCAUCUCCAGUGCCUUCUCAAGUGGAAGUUGGUCCCCCUCAACUCACACAGUUAGAACAGAAGUCAGACUUGGGAAUUACUUGGGAAUAGAACAAGGGAGAGACCUUGUGAUGUUAGGUGACUACUAGUACUGCAUGAUGUAAGUGGUGGGAUUUCAAAUGUAAUUCUGAUGUUGUGCUGGGACAGUGCUCGUAAAUGUUUGAUGAACUGUGAGGAGGCACUCUGUUCGGCCCACCUGAAAUUCCUGGACUGCCUGUGGUGGGAAGAAGGUAUUUUUAAAAGAUUUCCCCUGAAUGACCAGUCAGUGAGAGAGAGGCAGCUGGAGGCGAGUUAAACACACACACAUGCAUGCACGUACACACACACACACACACACACACACACUUCUCUCUCGUUCUAUCUCACACACACACACGUUCCUCCCGCUCCUUGCACCAUACCCCUUUCCACCCAUGGGCUCUGGGGAGAGAACACCUUUGGGUCUUUUUCAAUAUAACAAGUUUGGUAUUUGAUAUCACGGCUACCCACACACGAUCUCCCAGAUCCAGAGCUGUCUCCACUCUCCAGUCGUUACAAGCAUUGAUGUAAACAGCCAAAUUCUAUCGCUUAUCACUUAUUUAUGGUUUCAGCCAACUAAGGGGCUAAUUAUGCUCUGAAAGAGGCCAGCCAGCCAGGCAUAGUGUGAUACCAUCUGGGUCAUGCUGAGAUCAGCACAACAUGGGUGACUGAUCUAGAUACAUCACUAACGAUCAAUCGCCUAAAGACACUCCCUGCACUCCACUCGACUGACUUGUCACACAAUGAACACCGUGCUGUGUACCCCUAGCUAGCAUGAUAGUGAGAACCAAACUCUCUCACUCUCUCUCUGCGUGUCUAGUGGUCUGUAGAUGCCUGCCUGAUGUGAUGGAUAACCAUUCUGCCUCUUCAAUAAGUCAGUGUUUCACAGCUCGGAGCUUCAACAAAACAGAGCACGAAAGGUUGCUGCGGUUUAAUAUAGGAUCUGGCAGGAAUUCAAGCUGCGAGCGGCUUUGGGUUGUCUUUGUUGAACCUGGACUCACCACCCGGUGCAAACCAGUGUGGCAUGUAGUGCAGUUAGAAACCAAACCGAGUAACAGACCGAUCCUGCUGCUGCUGAUGAUGUAUCACCAAUACAGACACGGACACUGUAUCCACUCACUAACUGUAAGUCGCUCUGGAUAAGAGCGUCUGCUAAAUGACUACAAUGUACAAUGUACUGCUAACGAGGCAUGCUGGGACUCCCCUCCCACUGACUCUGAUGUUAUGUGCCGGGGCGGUUCGUCUCGUAGUUCCUCUCUGAGUCUCUCAUGCAUAGUGUUGUGAUGGUGUGCAUAUUUAAUCCCGUGCCCCUGCUUUUGAACGCUGGGGUACCUCACUGGCUCGGAGAACCUGGAAGGAAAUGGGACUUGUCUCUUCAGUGCAUUAUGCCUAUUCCUACAGGAGGACAAGACAGUGGUAUCAUGUACAUUUGAUGACUUCUUGAGUCUUCACUUGACAAAAUGAUUUUUGAUUAUUUUUCCCUGUGAAAAAUGAAUGGAGAAAUGUCUAUAGGCUGUUCUGGAUGCUUUAUUUUUCAGUCCGCUAUAAAAAAUAAAAAAAGUAGUUAGGGUACAUAAUAAUGACUACAUAACUACCUAAUAACAUAUUUAACAACGAAUAAUUGCUUGUUUCUUUGCAUUCUUGUUUUACAGAAAUCUCCUGGACAGAGACACAUUCUCUAAAUCAGACCCAAGUAAGAUGGUGUCCUACACACAGACACACACACAUUUACACACACACACAUUUGCACACACAAACACACUCUCUCUCUCGCUCGCUCUUGCUCUCUGGCUCUCUCUCUCUCUUGUGCUUCCCCCUUGUGAAUCAGUAGGCAUUUGCAGAGGUCAGAGGUUGUGUUCAUCGCUGUAAUCUCAGCUCUACUUGACUGAGCAGAAACAGAUUGUCAUCAUGUACACCAGCCAUAGGUUGCAGGAUUCCCUUAUUCCCUGCCGAUCACAUCAAGAUUUCUGAAACAUCAUGGCAUUUUGGUAAUGUUUCUUGAUUUUUGCAACCCUAACAGCCAUAUCCUUCAUAGAGAUAAGGAUCCGUCUGUGUAGUGUCUACAGACUAGUACAUCCUUAAAUUGAGAAUAUUUGGGCCACUGUAGGAGAUGUGGUCAGACGCAGCACUAGCAGGGAGGGAGGCCAUCUGAUCCCAGGGGCCUCCUGGCUGGUUUCUGUAGUAUGUUUAUCCAAGGAGGCACUUGUGCUGUCUCUGCAGUGCUGACGGUACUGGCCCCAGUCACACAGCAUUAGACCUUCUCAGCACUGCAGGCCAGGGGGCCCAAAACACACGCACACACACACACACACACACACAUACAUACACACACACACACACACACACGCAUGCACGCACACACACACGCACACACACACACACACACACACACAUACAUACACACGCACACACACACACACGCAUGCACGCACACACACACGCACGCGCACACACACACACACUGGCUACAGGGAGCCUCACACACAUACACUACAUUACGGUAGGCUAGCCUAUAAGACUUGACAACACGACACUGUUGACAACACAACUUGUGUGUGUUUUUGUGUGUGUGUGUGUUCACGUGACGGUACAUGUUCCAACCUAAUGCAUGGAGAUCAUAUGCAGUCCCAGCUUUCGUUAGCAGCUGACAGGCUUUCUGUGCAGUCAGACAGCUGAGCUCCACCUCACACAACAGCAUAAAAUGACAUUACAUUACACCACGUAUACAACAGCUAGCUCUCGCAACAGACAUCAGCCAGCUUCAACACUGUUGGCCUAACCCAUGGAAACAUGCGAGCCCUGGCCACUGAGGUGGGCCAAGAGCCAUGACCUCUGCUAUAGCAAGCAUGUGAUGCUACUACAUUAUCUCCAGAGCUCUGUUCACUAGCAUACAUACAGAGCUAGUGAGGGAAGGUAGAAGCAUAGAAAUAUACUGAACAAAAAUAUAAAUGCAACAUGCAACAAUUUCAUCGAUUUUACUGCGUUGCAGUUCAUAUAAGGACAUUUACAUUUACAUUUUAGUCAUUUAGCAGACGCUCUUAUCCAGAGCGACUUACAGGAGCAAUUAGGGUUAAGUGCCUUGCUCAAGGGCACAUUUACGUCAUUUAGCAGACGCUCUUAUCCAGAGCGACUCACAAAUUGGUGCAUUCACCCUAUAGCCAGUGGGAUAACCACUUUACAAUUUUUUUUUUGGGGGGGGGGGGGGGGGGGGGGAGAAGGAUUACUUUAUCCUAUCCCAGGUAUUCCUUAAAGAGGUGGGGUUUCAAAUGUCUCCGGAAGGUGGUGAGUGACUCCGCUGUCCUGGCGUCGUGAGGGAGCUUGUUCCACCAUUGGGGUGCCAGAGCAGCGAACAGUUUUGACUGGGCUGAGCGGGAACUAUGCUUCCGCAGAGGAAGGGGAGCCAGCAGGCCAGAGGUGGAUGAACGCAAUGCCCUCGUUUGGGUGUAGGGACUGAUCAGAGCCCGAAGGUACAGAGGUGCCGUUCCCCUCACUGCUCCAUAGGCAAGCACCAUGGUCUUGUAACGGAUGCGAGCUUCAACUGGAAGCCAGUGGAGUGUGCGGAGGAGGGGGGUGACGUGAGAGAACUUGGGAAGGUUGAACACCAGACGGGCUGCGGCGUUCUGGAUGAGUUGUAGGGGUUUAAUGGCACAGGCAGGGAGGCCAGCCAACAGCGAGUUGCAGUAAUCCAGACGGGAGAUGACAAGUGCCUGGAUUAGGACCUGUGCCGCUUCCUGUGUAAGGCAGGGUCGUACUCUCCGAAUGUUGUAGAGCAUGAACCUGCAGGAGCGGGUCACCGCCUUGAUGUUAGCGGAGAACGACAGGGUGUUGUCCAGGGUCACGCCAAGGCUCUUCGCACUCUGGGAGGAGGACACAACGGAGUUGUCAACCGUGAUGGCGAGAUCAUGGAACGGGCAGUCCUUCCCCGGGAGGAAGAGCAGCUCCGUCUUGCCAGGGUUCAGCUUGAGGUGGUGAUCCGUCAUCCAUACUGAUAUGUCUGCCAGACAUGCAGAGAUGCGAUUCGCCACCUGGUUAUCAGAAGGGGGAAAGGAGAAGAUUAGUUGUGUAUCGUCAGCGUAGCAAUGAUAGGAGAGGCCAUGUGAGGAUAUGACAGAGCCAAGUGACUUGGUGUAUAGGGAGAAAAGGAGAGGGCCUAGAACUGAGCCCUGGGGGACACCAGUGGUGAGAGCACGUGGUGCGGAGACAGCUUCUCGCCACGCCACUUGGUAGGAGCGACCGGUCAGGUAGGACGCAAUCCAGGAGUGAGCCGCGCCGGAGAUGCCCAGCUCGGAGAGGGUGGAGAGGAGGAUCUGAUGGUUCACAGUAUCAAAGGCAGCAGACAGGUCUAGAAGGACAAGAGCAGAGGAGAGAGAGUUAGCUUUAGCAGUGCGGAGAGCCUCCGUGACACAGAGAAGAGCAGUCUCAGUUGAAUGACCAGUCCUGAAACCUGACUGGUUUGGAUCAAGAAGGUCAUUCUGAGAGAGAUAGCAAGAGAGUUGGCUAAAGACGGCACGCUCAAUAGUUUUGGAAAGAAAAGAAAGAAGGGAUACUGGUCUGUAGUUGUUGACAUCAGUGGGAUCGAGUGUUGGUUUUUUGAGAAGGGGAGCAAAAAACCAACACUCAGUCAAUUGAAAUAAAUUAAUUAGGCCCUAAUCUAUUGAUUUCACGACUGGGCAGGGGAUCCAGGCCCACCCACUGGGGAGUUAGGCCCAGCCAAUCAGAAUGAGUUUUUCCCCACAAAAGAGCUUUAUUACAGAGAGAAAUACUCCUCAGUUCAUCAGCUGUCCGGGUGGCUGGUCUCAGACAAUCCUGCAGGUGAAGAAGCCAGAUGUGGCGGUCCUGGGCUGGCCUGGUUACACGUGGUCUGUGGUUGUGAGGCCGGUUGGACUUACUGGCAAAUUCUCUAAAACGACGUUGGUUGCGGCUUAUGGUAGAGAAAUGAACAUUACAUUCUCUGGCAACAGCUCUGGUGGACAUUCCUGCAGUCAGCAUGCCAAGGUGCACCUGUGUAAUGAUCAUGCUGUUUAAUCAGCUUCUUGAUAUGCCACACCUGUCAGGUGAAUGGACUAUCUUGGCAAAGGAGAAAUGCUCACUAACAGGGAUGUAAACAAAUUUGUGCGCGAAAUAAGCUUUUUGUGUGUGUGGAACAUUUCUGGGAUCUUUUUAUUUCAGCUCAUGAAACAUGGGACCAACAGUUUACAUGUUGCGUUUAUAUUUUUGUUCAGUAUAGACUCACUCUUCUUAAUUCUAUGGACAGGCUAUUGAAGCCUUUUCAGAGGUGGAAUGGGGGCUCUGACCCCUCUGAUUCUGAUUUAAUUGUAUUUGAUACAAAUGUUACACUGCUCCCAGUGGAAGGAAUUGGCACAGUUUGUGUGUAUGUGUGUUUUGAUUUUAAACAAGAUAUGUUCUAUUUAUUUUGGUCCAGAUAUUUGGGUGGAGUUCUCAACCGUAUGAUAGGUCCAACAGUCAAUUUCAUCGCUCCACUGAAGGUGCAGUCAGUGACAGUAAAAAAAAAAAAAAAGGCUGUUAAGAGUGGAUUCCCCUUUCCUGGUGACCCAAAUGGGUGCACACUAACACAACUAAUUCUAAUCAAAAGUUUGAUUAUAAGUGUGUUACUUUGUUAGUGCUAGGGCAAAAACUAAAAUGUGCACCCCUUUGGAUCCCCAGGACUAGGAUUGGGAAACACUGCCUUAGCAUUCUAGCACUUUCAACUGUGCUUUUUUUAUUUUCUCUGAGAAAUAUCUUCAUUGUAGCCUGAAAGGCAGAGUUACACUGACAUUUAAUCAGGAAUUAUGAUGUCUUAGCCUAGGAGAGAACAUUUGUAUCUUCUGGGUUUUCUCAUGCCUUGUUUCCUCUGGGUUUUAACUGCUGUUUUUACUUUUCUUUUUGUUUUCUUCCUUUCCUCUUGACAGUUUGUGUGCUGUAUACACAAGGAAUCGCCAACAGGGAAUGGAGAGAGGUGAGGGGGGAGAAGGUCCAAGGGUCCCAUGGAAGUCUGAGUAUUGCCUAAUUUAUUUCAAAUCAAUACAAACCAGUGUCUGUUCCUCCCUUCCUCUUUCAUUAUAGUUUGGUCGGACAGAGGUGAUAAACAAUACCCUGAAUCCAGAUUUUGUCCGAAAAUUCAUCCUGGACUAUUUUUUUGAAGAGAGGCAGAAUCUACGCUUUGACCUGUGAGUUAAGACCGUUCUUAAUGUGUGUGUCUGUGUGUGUUUGAGCAUGUUUGGGUGAGAGAGAGUGGUGCUCUGUGUGAGUCUGUAAGUACAAGUUGCGUUAAGAAUACAAUAUUUAUAAAGUGCGAGAAGGGAGAUGUCAGUGUUCACCUUUAAAAUAAAAAACACCUUUUCAUAUAACUUUUUUCUACAUUUCGGUAUGAAUUCCACUUGUUUAUGGGAUGUUAUAUUCACUGAAAUAUUCACCUUGAGACAGUUGUGAGACAUGAAUAUGAUGCUGUUUGUUUAAGAGCUAUGCGGUAAACAGAGGUACACAAUCAUUUUCUGCGUGAAUGUGUGUGAAUGCCUGCCUGGGUGUUUGGUAGGAGAGAGUAUGAGUAUGUUUGAGAGACAGAGAGAGUGUGAGGGUAUGCGUGUGUUUGGGUUACAGAGGGAGUGAUAAGGGAAAGAAGAUGACGAGUGUGUUUGUAGCUUAGCUCUGUUGUUAGUGGGUGAGGCUGUAUUACAAUCUACACUGAUGGCCCUCCAACAGCUCUUAGCAAAGAGCCGGCGGCUGAGGCGCUCCCACACUGACAUUUUACAUUUGAGUCAUUUAGCAGGCGCUCUUAUCCAGAGCGACUUACAGUUAGGGCAUUCAUCUUAAGAUAGCUAGGUGAGACAACCACAUAUCAUAGCCAUAUCAUAGCCAUAUCACAGCCACUGAGAUGUCUUAUUUAAGAUACUCUUUGAAGAGGUAGGGUUUUCAGUUGACGUCCCAUUCUUGUGGGAUAGUUAAGAGACAGAGGCGGCAGUGCUAGGGUUGGGUUGUAGGGUUUGAGCAUAGCCUGAAGGUAGAGAGGGGCAGUUCCUCUUGCUGCUUCGUAGGCAAGCACCAUGGUCUUGUAGUGGAUGUGAGCUUCGACUGGAAGCCAGUGGUGUGUGCAGAGGAGCAGGGUGACAUGGGAGAACUUGGGAUGGUUGAACACCAGGCGGGCUGCGGCGUUCUGAAUAAGUUGCAGGUGUUUGAUGGCACAAGCGGGAGGCCCAGCCAACAGAGAGUCCCUCGAUUAGGACCUGCACCUCUUCCUGUGCUAGGAAAAGUUGUACUCUACGGAUGUUGUAGAGCAUGAACCUGCGGGAGUGAGUCACAACUUUUAUGUUUGCAUAGGGUGUUGUCCAGGGUCAUGCCAAGGUUAUUUGUACUCUGGGAGGGGAACACCGUGGAGUUGUUCACCGUGAUGGAGAAGUCUUGGAGCUGGCAGGCCUUCCCCAGGAGGAAGAGCAGCUCUGUAUAUCCUCACUAGUCGCACGAUUUCAUCUGGAAAGAGAGGGGAGAAAGAGGUCAAGAUGUAGGGUAGUUAUGUGUGAGUGGGGGCAGUGGACUCAAUAGGCUGAGUGAAUGAGGAGCGGAUGUCGUCGACCUUCUUUCCAAAGUGGUUGACAAAGUUGUCUGCAGAGAGGGAGGUGGGGGAGGAUUAAGGAAGGAGGAGAAGGUGGAAAAGAGUUUCCCAGGGUUGGAGGCAGCGGCUUGACAUUUUGAGCGAUAGAAAGCCGCUUUGGCAGCGGAUACAGAGGAAUAGAAGGUAGAGAGGAGGGAGUGGAAGGAUGUAGUUUUCCUCCACAGCUUCCCGCAGCCCUGUUCUGUGAGCACGCAGUGAGUCACUCAGCCACGGAGCGGGGAGGGCCAAGUUGGCCGGGAGGAAAGGGGACAGUGAGAGUCAAAGGAUGCGGAAAGGGAGGAGAGUAGGGUCGAAGAGGCAGUCAGGAGACAGGAGGAGAGAUGAUAGGAUAGAAGAGGAGAAAGUAGUGGGAGAGAGAGCGAAGAUUGCAAUGUUUCAUGACCAUCUGGGCAGGGGCUGAGUGGGUAGGGUUGGAGGAGAGAUGGAUAGAAAAGGAAACAAGGUAGUGAUCAGAGAUCUGGAGUGGGGUUGCAGUGAGAUUAGUAGGCGAACAGCAUCUAGUAAAGAUGAGGUCAAAUGCAUUACCUGCAUUGUGAGUGGGAGGGGACUGGGAAAGGGUGAGGUCAAAAGAUGUAAGGCAGUAGAAAGAAAGAGGUGGAAAGAAGUGACUCAAAAGCAGACGUCGGGAGGUUGAAGUCACCCAGUACGAUGAGUGGUGAGCCAUUGUCAGCUUAUCAAAGUGUCAAACACACUGAGGAACUCUCCAAGUGCACCUGGUGGGUUGAUAGAUGACAACAAUGUUAAAGGGAUACUUUGGGAUUUUGGCAAUGAGGCCCUUUAUCUACUUCCCCAGAGUGAGAUAAAUUUGUGGAUACAAUUUCUACCCGUAGACUUCCAGUCAUUGCACUAACCGUAGUUAGCAUUGGCUCGCGAAACUAACUCUGACUGGACACAGAGACAUAAAAAUGGUAUCCACAAGUUAAUCUUACUCUGGGGAAGCAGAGAAAGGGGCCUCAUUAACAAAAUCCGGAAGUAUCCUUUAAGCGACAGUGACCGCAUGGAAUUCAAAUGAGGAGAUGGACAAGUGAACAAGGGGAAAAAUUGAAAAUCUACACAGGAGAAAUGAGUAGCCCUGUGCCACCACCACGACGACCAGAUGCUCACAGACUAUGAGAAAAUGUGUAGUCAGAUGAAGAGCGAGCAACUGGAGUAGCAAUGUUCUCUGGGGUAAUCCAUGUCUCCAUCAGGGCCAAAAAGUCUAGGGACUGAAGGGCAGCAUAGGCUGAGAUGAACUCAGCCUUGUUGACUGCAGAUUUGCGGUUCGAAACGCUGCCGGAGACCAAGAAUUCCACAUUGGUUGUGUGCGCAGUGUUCACUAAAUUAGAAGGGUUGCAGCCAUGGGGUGGGGAGAGUCUGUAAAACUUACAGGGAGAGGAGCAAAGAGGGAUAGAAAACAUACACAUAGUUGACAAAGCUACAAAAGAGUACAAUGAGAUCAUCUGAAAAUAACUAGGUAAGAUUCUAAAGUGAGAGAGUGGUGUGAAGUGUGUGUGUGUGUGGGGGGGGGGGGGGGGGGGGGGGGGUGACACUAACACUUACACAACCAGGGAAGGGCUUUUUAAAGAUCCCCCUGACUGAUCAGAGGCGGCUGGCCUCGGGUAUAUGUGAAGCAGCUGGAGUAGAGCUUCUUCCCUGCACUCGCACGCACGCACACACACACACACUAGCUGACUUACAGGUUGAUUAGGUCCUCACAAACACUCUAAUGCUCCUUUCUAAGACCUAGUUGUAAACUCAGCUCAGCCAUCCAGUGGGUUCCUCUGACCUGAAGCCUUUUACUUACUUUAUUUUUUACUGUAUUUUCACACAGUCCCCUAAACCAGUCAUUGCCUUCCACCCUCUCUCCUGCCCCGUCACAUCCUUUAACCACUACCCUACCAUCACCUCUCUCUCUAAUCUACAUAAUUACUCUCCAAGCCUUCUCCACUGAACCAUUCUGUGCCCUGGUCAUCCAUUUAGCCAAUUGAUACUGUGUGUAUGUGCCAGUGUAUUUCACUGGUCAGUCAAUUUUCACGUUAACCUCAUUCAUAAAGCCACAGUAUUGUGGACCAUAUUAGUCUUCUAUUACACUGAUUUCAGAGCCCCAUCUACCACCAUUAAUACAGUACUCUAUUAUUACUCUGUUCAGAAAUCCUCGGAGCAUCUGCUUCUCAGAGCACAGGGCCAAGAGAAGGCCGGGCUGGCCCACUGCUUUCACUCUCAAUGAUGUCAUACACACUCGCGCGCACACACACUCAGACAAACUCUCGAGUGUGUGUGUGUGGGUGAGACGGAGCGUGUGCAGCCAAACGCAUAUGUGUGUGUUUUUUGUUGUUGUCAUUAAAUUAAUCAUUUAGGAAUAUUUGUGAGUGACCGAGGCAAAGACAAAUAGAACAUUAGGCACACCUGUGCAUUCUGCCAUCGGCGGGCCCGGUUGCGUAUCAAUGUUUCCUAGUCUUAUGGAAUUACAUUUGUACCAACAUGGUUUUGGAUCAUCUCUCUCCCUCUCUCAGCUGCUGGGUGUCUGUCUCUUUUUAUCUUACAUGGCACUCUGUCUGUACAGAGAAACAGACACCAUCACACCUGCACACACACACGCACACACACCUGCACACUCACGCGGUCACACACACAAGCUUGCACGCCCUCAUUAAACACACGCACAGUGGAGACACCUGUUCAAUGGAUUAAGGAAGGGAUACACUGUACUACAAUGAAAUUACCUUUCUUUUUGAAAAGCAGGCAGAUUUCAGCACACAGGUUGCACUUGUUUUUUGUAUAGUUUUUUUAUGUAGAACCUCCAUUCUUGCUAUGUCUGAGUGUUUAUAACCAUUACUACUGACUGCCGAGCGUAUUUGUAAAAUGGUACGAUGAUUUUCUGCAGUGAUUAUGCGUACUUUCCUGUUUCUGUCCAGGUACGACGUCGACUCGAAGAGCGACAACCUGUCUAAACAU